CUGCAUAGGUUAUAGGUUUCUUCCCCCGUUUUCUCAUCUUACACUAAUUUGAUUCUUUCCAAUUAUUGCAAACAUGUGUGAGGAAUGUUUUUUUUACAUAAUUGAAACAAGAACUGAUCAUACUCGUUACAAUUUCUAUAAUGGUUUCAGGGUGCAAUGCUGUCUGAUAAGGCCACCUACCACUUCAUGGGCAUCUACAUGGUUGGUCUCCUCAGCACUCUCUCAGCAGCCAUUUUCUACUUCCUUUACAUUUGGCUAUCUCAAAAGCCUGCUUCCAUUCAACACUUCUCAUUUCUCUGCAUCUCUGGAGCCUUUCACUGGACUCCAUUCACCAUCAUUGCUUAUGCUACAAUGAUUGCUAAUGUCCCAUCAAACCCAGCCACCUUUGCAAUGUCAGUUGCUACUGUUUACUUGGCUCAUGGCCUGAUACUCAGCCUCCUCACAUGCACUUUGACCCAUUUUCUUGCUGAAAAACAAGAGAAAAGGGAAUCCCACAUGAAAGCCUGGCUCCGGCAUAGAAUUACCAUUGCCUGCCACCUUAGAUUUGCCAAACUCCUGUCAGGAACAGAAGCAUUCUGCAUUUAUUUGCGCCUUUUGGGUGCAAGUGUCGGUGAGCAUUGUUCCAUCAGGGCUGUCAAUCCUGUAUCAGACCCAGAGCUCAUUACAAUUGGUGAUGGUGUGCACCUUGGUGACUUCAGUCGGAUGAUUGCUGGCUUCUAUUCAUCCAGUGGGUUUACUCAAGGAAAAAUUGAAGUGCAGGACAAUUCGGUUGUCGGGAGUCAAAGCCUCAUCCUCCCUGGUUCGGUUGUUCAAAAGGAUGUCAUUCUUGGAGCUCUUUCAGUGGCUCCUGCAAAUUCAGUUCUUCAACAAGGCGGUGUCUAUAUUGGAUCUCAAACUCCAGUGAUGAUCAAGAACACCAUGCAUGCCUUGGAUGACAGGAUAGAAGAGAUGGACUACAAAUACAAGAAGAUAGUUGGCAAUUUAGCUGCAAAUUUGGCUGCCAAUACUCUGAAGGUUAAAGCAAGGUAUUUCCAUCGAAUUGGUGUUAGUGGGAAGGGAUACCUGAAGAUUUAUGACAACCUGAAAGGAUUUCCAAACCACAAGAUAUUCCAGGCUGGGAAGAGCUAUCCUAUUGUAGUCAGGCAUAGCAACGGCAUGAGUGCUGAUGAUGAUGCAAGAAUCGAUGUACGUGGAGCAGCGAUAAGAAUACUUUCAGAUGACAAUGGAAGCAACUCCUCUUCGAUUCUUGAUCUAACAUUGAAGACAGGCAAGGCAUUAUCUGCACGCACUAUUGCUGAUUUUGCAACAUGGUUAGUUUGUGGACUUCCUGCAAGAGAGCAGCAUGUGAAGCGAGCCCCACAUAUCCGUGAUGCAGUUUGGAUGUCUCUUCGCAAUGCGAAUUCUUUUGCUGAUCUACACUACUACUCAAAUAUCUGCAGGCUCUUCAGGUUUUCGGACGGACAGGAAAUGUAUGUGAAAUUCAAAUUGCGGCCUGGUGACGAAAACAUAAGUGAGGAUUCAGGUAAAGUUGAGCCUAUGGGCAUUCUCCCACCAGAAACAGGUGCAAUUCCACGGGAUGAAAAGGAUACCCGUCCCUUACUUUUCCUAGCCGAAGAUUUCCAAAGCCGGGUAAGUUCUCCAGGAGGCAUUCGCUACAUUUUCCAGCUGCAAAUCCGACCUGUUCCACAUGAUGAUGCCACUUGUGACAUUGCACUUGACUGCACCAAACCAUGGGAUGAGUCUGAAUUCCCUUACAUUGACAUAGGGGAAGUUCACAUUGAUCAAAAUCUCACCGGUGCAGAAUCAGAAGCACUAGAGUUUAAUCCCUAUAUUCGAUGCCAUGAGGUGGAUGUGAUCCGGGCCACUUCAUCCUCGCAAAGUGCUUCAAUUGAUCAUGGUCGUUCAUUGAUCUAUGAAAUUUGUCAGCAUUUGAGGAAUGGAGAACCACUUCCAGAAGCUUGGAGGAUCUUCUUAGAACAAAGUGAUGUUAAAGUGGACCUUUCAGGCUGUCCAAUGGCAGCAGCAUUGGAGAAAAAGGACUCGGGAAAAGUUACACUAGCAAGGCAAUGGUAUCAGACCUUAUGGGUCAUUUUUGCUCAACCAUUGCUGCAAACAUUUCUUCCAUACUUCCUGAUGGGGUUGCUCAUCUUUGCUCCACUGAACUGGAUUCUUCUCUUGAAGGAAAGCAAGAAAGUCACAAUGCAUUGGUUGCUUCCUUUGGUUUGGGUUUCUUCAGGAGUUCUAGCAGCAUUAGCAUGUGUUGUGGCCAAGUGGAUUCUUGUGGGGAAAAAGAAAGAAGGCCAAACAGUACACAUUUGGAGCAUAGGAGUCUUCAUGGACACUGUGUGGCAAGCUUUCAGAACUGUAGUAGGGGACUACUUCAUGGAAAUGACUAGUGGGUCUAUCUUAUUUUUGCUAUGGCUAAAGCUCAUGGGUUCAGACAUUGAUUUGGACCAAGGAGCCUACGUAGAUAGCAUGGGAGCAGCAUUGAAUCCAGAAAUGGUGGAGAUUGAGAGAGGUGGUUGUGUGGGAAAAGAAGCUUUACUGUUUGGACAUAUAUAUGAAGGUGAAGGAGGGAAAGUUAAGUUUGGCAGGAUAAGAGUUGGAGAAGGUGGAUUUGUAGGGAGUAGAGCAAUUGCCAUGCCUGGUGUUAGAGUAGAAAUAGGAGGCAAUCUUAGUGCUCUUUCUCUUGCCAUGAAAGAAGAAAUUGUUAGGUCUAUGUGAAUUAAUGGUUCAUGCCUGCUGCUGAAAUAGCAGCCGCCCAACUUAUCUCUUUAUGCAUUAAGAAUAAAGCUGGUCUCCCCAAUAUAUUACCAGUAUUUUAAAAAUGGAAAAGUAUAUUAAUGGAAAUGUGUCAUGGUUCCUGCCUCUCUCUGUCAUGAUUCUUUCCGAUGCCUACAAGUCUUAAGCAUAGGUGAAAGCCAAAUUGAAAUAUACUUAGAAAAUGUCUCACAACAAAGUUAUUAUACCCGGUCCA